AUGGAGAAUGGAGUCUCUGCACUCACUGACAUUACUGAUCAAAGUUCAUCACAAAACGUCAUUCAUCUUGACAAGGAUUCUUCUCAUGAUGGUAAUAUGAACAACGAUGCUCAACACUUCAACAGCUUAUUCUCAGGACAUUCCCAGAGUGAAAAACUUCCCAAACUUCUCUGUAUCACUCUUCUUCUCGUCCGAGAAAUCGUAGACAGGUCCUUCCGUAAAGAAGAAAACGAACAUCCCGCUUAUGAGAUACGAAACUGUGGAGAAGUGAGGAAGGAGAAGGGUGAAAAAAUCAGAAUCAGAAACGGAACUUACGGGGAGAUUUCCAGCUGUUUCGUGAGGUCUCAGAAGCUGAUUUUGGUAUCAUCGGAAAGAUCGUCUUCUCAGCUUUCUAAACCAUCCGAGAUCACGUUUUCCAGUUUUGCUUCCAGUUUCUGCUUGAGGUUUUGGGGGAAGGAUUCCGGUCGAACCCGAACGAUUCAGACCAGAUUGGUGGUAGAUCCAGAUAGAGGGAGUGUCAGAGAAGGCAAGGGAGUCGAAGUUGGUACCAUAGGAGGUUCAGUUUUCCUACAACAGUCUCAAUCCGUUUUCAGCCAAAUUCAGAGAGGAAGAAUCGAGCUAUGGGCCAUGGUCUUCCCUCGAAACUGGACUGUGAUGGGCCGACGGGUUACAUGCAGGUCACGAACGGCUGACGAGCCCGGUAUGGGAGUGUAUGAGCUACGGCUGCCUCCAAGCAUGAGAAUGCCACCAAAGAAGACAACGCGUGUAGCAAAUGCAAAUGUAAAUGCACGAGCUGCUGGGCAAGGACAACCACAAGGUGGAGCAGAACCUGCAAUAACACGUGCAGAGGUGCAAGAGCUUCGGGAUAUGAUGAGAGAGAUUUUGCAGAGACAAGCAGCACCAGCAGUAGGCCAACCAAAUGCUGCACCACAUGGCCAUCACCUACCACCAGCUGCACCACAUGUUCAACAUCCACCACCACCUCCAGCAGGGGCACCAGCACCAGGAAUUGGUCUCACAUACUGGGAGACACUGAGACUCAUGACAGAUUUGGGUACAGAGAUUUUCAAUGGUGGGAAUAACCCAGUGGAGGCUGAUGAUUGGAGGAAGCUGUUAGAGAGGAAUUUUGAGUCAACCAGGUGUCCAGUUGAAUUCAAGAAAGGGCUUGCAGUUCAUUUCUUGCGUGGAGAGGCACACAUUUGGUGGGAGGGUGUGAUGCGGAGCAUGCCUGCUGGAUAUGAGAUACCUUGGGAGACUUUCAGAGAUGAGUUCAACAGGAAGUACUUUCCACAAGAAGCAAUGGAUACUAUGGAGUGUUCAUACUUGGAGCUUCGCCAGGGGUCCAUGACUGUUAGGGAUUAUGAGAGGGAGUUCAACCGCCUUAGUAGGUUUGCAGGGAGAGAGCCUGGAGAACAGAAGUUGAUUCGUAGAUUCAUGAGAGGGUUGAGGCCAGACAUCCGCAACCAUUGUUCAGUUCGAGACUAUGGUAGUAUGAUUGAGUUGGUUGAGAAGGCGGCCAUGAUGGAGACUGGGCUUGAGGAGGAAGUUAAACACCUCAAGAGCACUCAGGCAAAGGCGACAAAGGUUGUGGAGUCUCAGAAGCGUACUUGGGAUAACCGUGAUGCAAGACAAGGCCAGAACCGUUUUGCAGAGUGUGCUACUUGUGGUAAGAGACAUGGUGGAGUUUGUUGGGCCAAAACCAACAAUUGUUAUCAGUGUGGACAGCCAGGACAUACCCAACAGAACUGUCCAAGAGGAGUCAAUAACUGUAGAAGGUGUGGUCAGAGAGGUCAUUUUGCGCGAGAGUGCACAGCGCAGCUGCCUGUAGGACAACAAGGGAACCAGAACAGAGGGAUCCUGCCACCACCUCCCAAGAGACAGGCUGUUGGACCUCGAGUGUUUGCAGCAGCAGAUCAGAUUGGUGCAGAACCGAUUGUGGGGUCUGUCCUUGUUGGAGGAAUUACAGCCUACACAUUAUUCGACACAGGAGCGACACAUUGUUUUGUCAGUCCUGAGGUGGCUAGAUGCUGGGAUUCGAGAAUUGGGUUUGAAGAUAGGCAGAGAAGGAUCGACACUGCUGGCACAGAAGUAAUUGGGUCCUCAAGAACAUAUCGAGAUGUUCCAGUAGUGAUAGAAAAAGAGGGGCUGCUUGGAGAUUUCAUCGAGCUGGAGCUGAAACAUUAUGAAGUAAUUAUAGGCAUGGAUUGGUUGACGCAACAUAAGGCUAUAUUGGAUUGUACUAGGAGGCGUGUUGAUUUCACUCAAGCAGAAAGGAAUUUGGUGUUCCAGGGAGUUAGAGCUUUGGGCAGAAUUCCUGUUAUUUCGAUGGCUCAUGUAGAAGAAAUGAAGUGGAAAGGACCAGAAGUUUAUUUGGCAACCAUUUCUAUUGAGGGAGGACCUAUGGGGAUAGAUUUGGAAGAAAUUUCUGUAGCAGCAGAAUAUGCAGAUGUUUUUGAACCACUCACAGGACCACCACCAGAAAGAGGAGAUGCAUUUACUAUUGAGUUGGAGCCAGGGACUGCUUCAGUAUCCAGAGCACCUUAUCGUUUAGCCCCAUCAGAAAUGGCUGAGCUAAAGAAACAACUGGAGGAUCUUACAGAUAAAGGGUUUGUGAGGCCAAGUAGUUCACCAUGGGGAGCUCCUGUUUUGUUUGUGAAGAAGAAAGAUGGUAGUUUCAGACUCUGCAUAGAUUAUCGAGGGCUCAAUAAGGUUACUAUCAAGAAUAAGUAUCCUUUGCCUAGGAUUGAUGAGUUGCUAGAUCAGUUACAAGGAGCAUCGUGGUUCUCAAAGAUAGAUUUGGCAUCAGGGUAUCAUCAGAUUGCUAUAGCUGAAGGUGAUGUGAGGAAAACAACAUUCAGAACACGUUAUGGACAUUAUGAGUUUGUAGUGAUGCCAUUUGGAUUGACUAAUGCACCAGCAGCCUUUAUGAAGUUGAUGAAUAAUGUGUUUAGAGAAUAUCUAGACAAAUUCGUCAUAGUGUUCAUUGAUGAUAUCUUAAUCUACUCAAGGAGUAAGGAAGAGCAUGCUGAGCAUUUGAGGAUAGUGUUACAGACAUUGAGGGAUCAAAAACUUUUUGCAAAGUUAUCCAAAUGCAGUUUUUGGCAGAAGAAGAUUGGGUUUUUGGGUCACAUUGUUUCAGAAGCAGGAGUUGCAGUAGAUCCAGAGAAGAUAACAACUAUCACUCAAUGGCCUAGACCGAAGAAUGCUUCUGAAAUUCGUAGUUUUCUUGGCCUAGCUGGAUACUACAGAAAGUUUGUAAAAGGAUUUGCAAGUCUAGCGAAGCCUUUGACACAACUUACCUGUAAGGAGGCAAAGUUUGUUUGGUCAGAAGAGUGUGAAAAGAGUUUUGAGGAACUGAAGAAGCACUUGACUCAGGCACCUAUAUUGGUAUUACCUAAGGCUGGGGUAUUAUAUGUGGUCUAUACAGAUGCAUCAGGAACUGGUCUAGGAUGUGUACUUAUGCAAGAAGAAAAAGUCAUUGCCUAUGCAUCUAGACAAUUGCGUAAGCAUGAGGUUAAUUAUCCAACUCAUGACCUGGAGUUAGCAUCUGUGGUCUUUGCUUUAAAGGUUUGGAGAGCCUACUUAUAUGGAGAGAAAGUACAAGUGUUUACAGAUCAUAAGAGUUUAAAGUAUGUCUUCACUCAGUCAGAUCUCAACUUGAGGCAGCGAAGAUGGAUGGAGCUGUUAGCAGAUUAUGAUAUGGAUAUUGCUUAUUAUCCAAGAAAAGCUAAUCAGGUAGCAGAUGCACUAAGUAGGAGAAGGAAUGAUGUGUCCAGAAUAAAAGAAGUAGAAGAGCUCGUUUCAACAUUGGCAAGUUUGAGUAUUUGUUCUGCAUCUGUAGAGGAAGGAGUUAUGGGAUUAGAAGCAGUAAACCAAGCAUAUUUACUUUGGAGAAUUCGUGAAGCUCAGAAUGGAGACACUGGUUUACAGAACACAGUGAAGAGUGAAGUAGCAGGCUAUCACACUACGAAAAAUGGGACACUUGUUUUCAGAGGUAGAGUGUGUGUUCCAGAUGAUAAAGGUCUGAAGGGAGAGAUUUUGAAGCAAGCACAUCAGUCACGUUUUUCCAUUCACCCUGGUUCUACAAAAAUGUAUCGGGAUCUGAAAAGGUAUUAUCACUGGAAUGGAAUGAAACGAGAUGUUGGAGAAUGGGUAGCAAAGUGCACGACAUGCCAGCUAGUGAAAGCAGAACAUAGAGUUCCAAGUGGGUUACUACAAAGUUUGCCACUGCCAGAAUGGAAAUGGGAUAUGGUAACAAUGGAUUUUGUCACUGGACUUCCAAGAACUCUGAGUAAGAAAGAUGCGAUUUGGGUGAUUGUGGAUAGACUUACUAAGUCAGCUCAUUUUCUAGCAGUUAAAAAGACAGAUGGUGCAGAUCGCCUAGCUCAGAUGUACAUGGAUGAGAUUGUAAGGUUACAUGGAGUUCCUGCAAGCAUUAUUUCAGAUAGAGAUUCAAAGUUCACUUCAUUGUUCUGGAAGGCUUUCCAGAAGGCUAUGGGAACUAAGGUUAAUUUGAGCACAGCAUAUCAUCCUCAGACAGAUGGACAAUCUGAGCGUACUAUACAGACACUGGAGGAUAUGUUGAGGGCGUGCAUGUUGGAUUGGGGAGGACGUUGGGAGAGACAUUUACCUUUAGCAGAGUUUGCUUACAAUAACAGCUAUCAUGCAAGCCUAGGUAUGUCACCGUUCGAGGCUCUUUAUGGACGACCUUGUCGCACACCUCUUUGUUGGACAGAAGUGGGGGAGCGCCAGGACACAGAACCUGCAAUAAUUCAAGAGACAACUGAACAAGUAGAGAUCCUCAAGGGAAAAUUAAGAGAAGCUCAUGAUCGUCAAAAAAGUUAUGCAGAUAAAAGGAGAAAGGAUUUAGAGUUUGCAGUUGGAGACUUGGUGUAUCUGAAAAUGAGAAUGUUCAAGGGCUGA